CAGGUAUUGCCACAGUCAGUUUAUUUUACUUGUGUUAUCCUUUCGACUUGGUAACACUUAUUACUACUAGUGUAAAACAUGUUAGUCCUGGUCAGUUUAAUUGGAUAUAUAUGGCUGAUAUCACACUUGACGGAAGGACAAUGGAUUGAGGAAGAAAUUACACGAGUAGAUAAUGGUCAGAGAAGUAUUAGUUUGAAUUUAGAAGAUUUAGAAGUCCUCCGGCGUGACAUGAUUGGUGUUUCAACCGACAUUGCAAAACUAAAAGCUAUCAGUGGCUCCCCUAAUACAGGACAGUCCAUCCCAGAUCUUAUUGGUGACAUGUUGUGCUCAGCUUGUUCUUUACUUAAGGAUGUAGCCAAGAGACAGAAAUGUCGAACGCGAUACUGCCAUAGACCUAGCCAAUCAGUCAUUCACAGAACGUUCGGAGGAACAUAUAGGAAUACGCGCAAUUACAUAAGUGGAAUGCGCAGAAGAAUGGUCAGGCAGAAUAAUGCCCGGAUGCGAAGGAUGCAAAUCAAUAAUCGAUAUUAGAAGGGAACACAAGUAUUGAACAUGAAUCGAAUGUUUUGUUAUAUCUGUGAUACGUCUUGCACUGGGAAUCGCUUUCAUAAGAAACAAACUUUGCAAAAUAUAAUAUAAAACUGAACAAAAACACAGGUUAUUCCAGGAGUGUCUUAACGUGAAGACGAUUGUAUGUGUGUCACGGAGUGAGUAACGAUAUGAAAAGAAAACUUUGUUGAGUGUAUAAUAAAGAAGAUAUGGGAAGGUGAUCUGAACGUGUUAGAAACACAUUUUUGAGAAAAAUGUGAAACAUGUCUUGACCCUAUCAGAACAUGUUUUUUUUAAAGUAGAUGACAAAAAGAGAACUGAUACUCAAGUUAAUAACUCCAGUGUCUUAGGAACAUGAAAGCAUGAAAUAAUACAACUAAUCCCAGUUAAAUCUAGCUACUUCCACAUACAUUAGACUUCAUAUUUAUUUAUUUAUUGCAGUGUCAUAAUUGUUAUAACAUUAAAGUUAUGUUUUCUU